AUGAUUGAGGACCACGCGGAGUACGGGCACUACUACCCCAAGAAAUUGGCAAGCUCCGUAUUGACGCUUCCUCGACAGGGGGCAAAGGAACACCAAUGGUCCCCGUACGCCGACAAUGGCGGGACAAUUGCAGCCAUUGCCGGAAGCAAUUAUGUUAUUCUUGGGGGUGACACAAGGCUGAAUGGUGAUUUUUGCAUCCACACCCGGAAUGACCCCUCAAAACUCUUUCAACUGACUGAUCGUGUUUUUCUUGCAUCAACGGGCAUGCAGGCAGACCGACUUCAACUGCAGCAGAUGCUAAAGUAUCGGAUCCAGUGGUAUCAGUACAACAAUGGUGGAAAGGUCCCAUCCAUAAAGGCUAUUGCGAAGCUUACUUCUACAAUGUUGUACCAGCGUCGUUUUUUCCCAUAUUAUACGUUCAACAUGAUCGUCGGCCUCAAUGAGAAGGGUGAAGGCGUCUGCUACAGCUAUGAUCCCGUCGGCUCCACGGAACCUUUUCGCUAUGGCACUUGUGGUUCUGCCAGCAGCUUUGUGGAGCCGCUUAUGGACUGUCUGCUUACACGGCAACAUAUGGUGCAACAGGCCCCAGCGGACCUAAGCUUGACGGAAGUACUCGAGAUGCUUAAAAACGCCUUCACAGGUGCGGCAGAACGGGAUAUCUUCACCGGGGACGCUGUGCGUUUUUAUAUCAUCACGUCGGAGGGAGUGAGGACUGAAUUAUUUGAGCUUCGCAAGGACUGA